AUGAGUGCCCCACCAGAUGGAACUCCAGCUCCCCCGCAUCCUGGUGAUGUGGGAGGACAAAGCCCAGGUGGAGCUGCUUCACCACAGGGAGCGGCUCAGCAAGUGCCGCAAGGUACUUUGGAUCAGAAUGUUGUGUUGGCAAGGCUCUCUGAGGCCUUAGCUCAGCUAGCUGUUGCUAGCACGGCUCAAGCUUCAGCAGCUUCGGGCGGUCAGCAAGAAUGGCGCGAAACCAAGUAUGUGAAAUCACCGGAAGUUUUCAAUCCAAAGUCUGUUGAAGAGGAGAUUGCAGCAUGGCCCGAAUGGGCCUUUGCCUUCAAGAAUUUCAUGGCAGUCCAGGAUGACGGUUAUCGGUCUGAUUUUGCCAAAGCGGAGAGUGCCACAGAAUUUCUAGCUUUCGAAGAUUAUGGCCCAGCACUCAAAGCACGAUCGCUCAGAUUGUAUUCGAUUUUGGCAUCAUACCUCAAAGGGCGAGCUCUAAAGAUCCUUCGCGCAGAUCCGAAAGGUGAUGGUUUUCGAGUUUGGCGUCAGCUUAAAGAAGAGUUACAGCCCACUUCGCGACCUCGUGUGCUAGCUCUUGCCCAAGCUCUCACUAGGUUUCCUCCUUUGCAGGAGGGGGCCUCUGUCCUUGAGUACACGUUGGCUUACGAACGGCUCAUCACCGAGUACGAGAAACUAUCUCCUUCUACUUACCCAGAAGACCUCAAUGGUGUGGAUAAAGAUUCCUCGUUGUAUCAAGGAAAUGGGCCAGCGCCCAUGGACGUGGAUCGCGUCGCCGAGAAGGGCGAGAAGGGCAAGGGAGCUUGGAAGGGCAAGAACGCUAAGGGUGAGUUCGGAAAGGGCAAAGGCAAGAAGGGCAAGUCUGCAAAGGGCUAUGGCGGUCACAAAAGUUUUGAUGCUUCCAAGGGGUACAAGGGCUACGGCUAUGCCAAGGGCAAGGCUUUUGGUGCAAAGGGAAAGGACAAAGGCAAGAAGUCGAGCGGGAAGAGCUACAGUGGAGCAGGUGGUAAAGGUAAAGGUCCUUGCUUUCUUUGUGAUCGCAUGGGUCAUCGAGCUGCAGAGUGUCCUUUGCGAGCGCGUGUUCAACAAGUAGUUGCAGAAGAUGACAACAUGUCGGUGAGUACACGUGCGACCUCUGUUCGUCGUCUGGAGCUCAUCAACAACGUGGCGAUCGAGGAGAUCUUCGAUGACGAUGAGGCCGGUGAGGUUGGCGAGCAACUCUGGGAAAGCCAUGUUCAUGAUUUGUCGAGGGAUGCAGAAGAAGUUUGGGACGCUGAAGAGUUUUGGGGUGACGACUGGUAUGAAGCAGAGGGUUUGAGUGACUACGUCCGGAUGGUUGCUGAGAUUGUGGAGCCUGCAGAGCAUGACAUGCUAGAUGACAGUCAGUCGGAGUGCGGUAGCAGUUGCUCAUUGCCUUCUACUUCCACUCUGCAUUUCUCGCUGUGCUCGGAAGAUGAUUGUGAUGCGGAGUGUUACGCAGAGAGUGGGAGUGAGAGUUCGUGGACGGUGUUGCAGCAAGCGCGUGAAGCUGAAGAAGCCGAGCUAUGUGUUCGGGCGAUAGCAGAGGGCCAUGAAGUGAUCCUCGACUCAGGUGCCGAUGUGACGGUGUUGCCGAUGCGCAUCUUCGGCGAAGUUGGCUGCGAGAGCAAGGCGAACGUCGCCUUGGUGGAUGCACAAGGCUCGCGCAUCCCGCAAGCUGCAGUUCGAGAGGGAGUCACUUUUGUGGUUGAGGGUUGCGACGGCCAAGAGAUUGUGUUCCGGGAUAGAGCAGUGCUGGCACGAGUCAAGCAACCACUCUUGUGUGCUGGAAAGAUGUUCAAAGAUGGAUGGUUACCACGUCCUGAAGCCGAGCAGCUAGUGAUGAAGAAAGGCUCUCAAGCCUUCCCGGUGCAUUGGGCCAGGAAUUCUUUGGUUGCUACAAUGAAAAUAUUCAGGACGGAAGAAGCACAGGUUAGAGUGGUCGUUGAGCUGGGUGAGUCUUUCCUGGCUACUUUGAAGCGCCAGGGCUGGCAAUUGAAUGAAGACGGCCAGUCAACCCAUGUGAGCGAGAGUGCCAGGACUACUGUUGAUCCCAGUGGUUUGUAUGAUCCAGACGUUUUGCCACAUCGUACCACUUUAGUGCAGAAGAGCGGGCGCAGAUAUUCCAUAUUUGAGUGUGGUGAUUGUUGGGAGCCAGAGCCUGUGAAAGUGAUCGGAGACAGCCCCAGCCGAGUGAUCACCAUCCUCACCGCACUCCCGGUCGACCCCGACUCGCUAGGGAAGGUAGUUGCUGAAGAAGUUGCUGCUGUUCCCAGGUUUCCUCGACCUCGACAAGUUCCCGAUGAAGCUGGACCAUCUGGCGAAGCAGUUCCUGGUGUGGCGGUGGCUGAACCUCAGCAGGAACAGAGAGAGCCGGUUUUGGGUCCAGAGUUGCGUGAGGUUCCGGAUGUUGGAGAAGUUGUGCAUGUUGGUGACAAAACGUUCCGCGAAGCCUCUACCUUGAAAGACCUUAGAUGGGCAUGCAAGUUUCUUCAAAUUCCUCAGUCCGGGAAGAAAGCCGUGUUGUGGGAUCGCCUGAAGAAGGAGGUUGCCAUGAGUCAGUUGAAAGUGGCAGUGAAGGCGAGCGAUGCAGUGAUUGAAGCAUACACACCGGAUGUACGCCAAGGGCCCCUGCCAGUGAAACCCGAUGCUCAGACAGUGAUGCUCCAUGAACUAACCCAUAUUCCUCGAAUGGACUGGUGCGAGAGUUGCCAGGCAGCACGUUCCAAGGAAGAUGAUCAUCCUGUUGCCGAGCCCAAACGUCAGGUCAACGUGGUGUCCAUGGAUUUCAUGUUCAAUAGGACUGGUGACUCAUGA